CAGGGAUAUUGUCACCAUUGUCUAGGCAUUUUCGCCAUGGAGCGCUCCUCAUCCCGCUCCGGCUUCCAAUCCCGCCGCUCCUACCCUUCCUUCAACCACCUCUCGCUUACCCCUUUGAACCCCCGUUACCCCAUAGACGAUGACGAUCUCGAGAGUGAAUCUCAAGGCUACUACUCAGCGCGAUCCGCAAGCCCAGAAACUGAACGCCCACCCAGCGCCAACGACUACACUAGCACCCCAAGACCCUCGUCAUACCUCUCCAGCAUGUCCGUUCCAGGAACCCCCGGUGUGUUAUCGCAGUCACAGUCUCGCAGUACCUCCCGUACACGUACACGCCAUGGCCGGAGCAAGAGCUCAAGUCGCAUGCACCUGGAUGGUACAAGGAUGCGGCGUCGGUCUUCCUCGUCUCGCACGCGGCGCUCGGUCGAUAGUGACUCGGAAUGGAUGCACCGGACAGGGAUUAUGCUUGCCUCAUCGACAUUAGAGGAGAAGGGUCAGAGCUGGCUGGUAAAACGGGCGAGUUCGACGAGUCUGGCCUCGGAGGCUGCCAACAAUAACUAUAACUCCUACAUUGAGGAACCUGCAGCUGCAGCUACAGCCUCGUCGUCAUCGCGGCCCCGCAGCAGUACCAAUAGCAAGGCGGCUAGUCAGAAAUUGGGGAUGUCUACCCCGUCUAGACCGGGUUCUCAAUCUAGUAGACGGGGUAGCAAGCCUGAUUUGGCCACAUCGGGUCUUGAGAUGACAUCCUCUUAUACUUGGGUACCUACAUCCGCUAGCGAGAAAAGCGAAUUUACUCCAGACGCCGUGGACGAGCGGAUCCGAGCUGAAAUGGUCAAUAUGCAGCACAAUGCUGAUGUGGACAUGAACGUGGAUGAUGGUGCAUCAUCAUCAUCGCCAUAUGCUUCCGGCGCGUCCUCUGAUUCUGAGGACGAAAUCGACGAAAAGGAGAUGCAGCGGUUGACGCGCGAGAGUGGGUUCGGGCUAGGCAGCUGGCUGGAUCGGAUGGUUGAGUGGACGUUCUUUGGUGUCGAUGAGUGGCCGGCGUUAUUCUCAGCUGGGCCUGAUAACCGCGAUAACCAUGAUCCAACUGCUCCCCAUGGUGAACGGGUCGUAGAAGAUCGUCAAGUUACACCAGAAGGAGCAGUUGAUAAGCAUCUGGAAGAUUAUUCGGACAUCGCUACGAUCUUCAGCAGAGACGACGAGAAUUUUACUCCCAUGGUUGACAAACCAGGAGAUGGAGGUGGAUGGGAGGAUGCAAAAUGGUUUUUCAAGACUAUAAAGCAGGCCUUAGUGUUGUGAUGCGUUCACUUUCUCAACGGUUAUUUUCCUUUCUAUCUUAUGUUACGAUCCAUGGCCAUGACAUUAUAUCCAUAGCUACUAUAUAUCUACAGUAAUCCAACUAACACCUGUUAUGCCACAUCAAU